UUAAGAGAGAUGUUCGGCUACCAUUACUAAAUUUGCAUGCAGGUAGCCAAACUUUAAACUUAAACACCAAGCUUUGUCAUAAGUAAAAUGUUAGUCUUUUCCAAAACUAAUAAAAAACAACUCAUGGCAUAUAAGUAAAAUCUUCGGCUGCCUGCAAAUUUCAUUUUUCUCUACAAAACUAUUACUUUUUGUCGAUUGCAAACAUCAUCUUCAUAUUCAAAACCUUAUAACAAACAUCAAAAACUUGAAUCCCAAGGCUUUGUUAUAAGCAAAUAUCAUCCUCGAAUUAGUUCAAAAUUACUUUCAAGAGGUGAUUAAGAAUCCGGGCGUGCUUCAUAGCCAACUGGAUGUAAGUAUUCUGGAUUUGUAAGGCUUGCUAACUUUAUUUAUUGUAAACAGAUUUCCAAACCUUGAUCUUUGAUCUAAAAAGAAACCAAAUAGGGUUGUCUGUUUGAGGCAGCUAAAGAAUUCGUUAUAUUAAAACGAUACAAAAGACCAUGAUAGUUGGAUUUCGUUACAAUUAAAUCUUAGCGAAGCAAAAUCGCUUACCAUCGUGAUUAGCGAUUAGUGCAGUUGUGUUAGUUGGAUUCGAGUAGGGCCAGUAGCCCCCCUUUUUUGAAAGUUGGCAAGUUGGAUAUUCUUCUCUUUCGUUGAGAAAUAAAGUAAAUCCCGGUUUUCGGAAUUGCUGCCUGUUACGCAACCAAUCAAUCAAGAAGAUGGGAUUGUGUAACAGCACAAUUGGAGAUUCAGAAAGGGUCAAUCGGUGGAGAUUAACAGGCAUUGUUGCUCUCAGAGAUUGCAAAUUAAAGAUAUUUCCAAACCAAGUUCUUGAGUUGGAGGCUUCUGUACGAACUCUCGACUUGACAAACAACAAAAUAGAUGACGUUCCAAAGGAAAUCGAUAAGUUAAUUAACAUCCAAAGACUGAUUUUAGCUGAUAAUCAUAUCGAGCGCCUCCCAGUGAAUUUGGGGAAACUCGAAUCUCUAAAAAUGCUUACCCUGGACGGGAAUCGGUUAACCUCCUUGCCCGAUGAAUUGGGAUUUUUGAGAAAGCUUGAGCAACUCUCAGUCUCCCGGAAUUUACUAACAAGCUUGCCUGAAACUAUAGGAAGAUUGCGCUAUUUGAAGUUGUUAAAUAUAUCACAUAACAAGUUGGAGUCUCUACCAGAUUCAAUUGGGGGUUGCUUCUCAUUGGAAGAAUUACAAGCAAAUGACAAUUCUAUUAAACAUCUGCCGCUGUCUAUUUGCAACCUCAACUGCUUAAAGUCACUCUGCAUGGACAAUAACAAUGUUUCUCAGAUACCUCAGAAUUUAUUGAAAGACUGCAAAGCAUUGCAGAGCAUUUCUCUUCAUGGCAAUCCCAUCUCAAUGGAUCAGUAUCAACAGAUGGAAGGAUUCCAAGAUUUUGAGGAAAGGAGGAAAAAAAAGUUCGACAAGCUUAUUGACUCAAACGUUAUGAUCAGUUCUAAGGGACUUGACGAGGGUAUUGAUUUGUAAAUUGCAUAGUUUAAUUCCAAAAAGAAGAAUCUGUAUCUCUAAAUGGGAUUUGUUUUCCAGAGCUGGGGGUUUCCAUGAAGUUCAACAUUAGCCACCUUCCUAAAACUGUACAUCGUGCAUUGUUGUUGUAUAUCUGUUGAUUUGGCCCUAUAGUUACAGCUAGCUCUAUUUAAUGAAAUCUGUAUUUGUAAUUCUUUUGUAAGAAUCAUUCUUCCCCUCCAUGCAUAAGUGCAAGAAUGUAAAAAUCAGACAGCGUAAAGGCUAGGUUAUGACAUCUGGAGCCAUAAAAAAAUGUAGCAUCAUCAACAUUCAAUUGUUUGUAGAAACGUUUCUGAAGUGUCAAGUUAAAUUUGGGGAGUCCCAGCAGAACA